GUACGGUAAACAGUCCCAAAUGGCAGUCAUCAAAACCAGCUUCGAUGCUGCGAAACAUCUGGAGAAGCAAGGAUGGAAGGGAAAGGGCACUGCCUUAAAGAAUGGUCAUGCGACGAGGCCUUUGGCCGUUGUGCAGAAGAAGACGCUGUCAGGUAUCGGAAAGGAUCGUGAUGAAGCCGUCCCUUUCUGGGAUCACAUAUUCGCAGCGACAGCAGCAAAUCUCUUUAUACCUUCCGCUCCCAGUUCUCCUGCCUCGGGAUCAACUUCUAAAUGGGCUACAUUAACGCCUGCCGCCGCUUCUGGUAAUUCUCAGUCCGCCUCCUCUUCCUCGUCGCCUGCCCCUCCCAAACAGAGAUUAUCCAUCGGUGCCCAGACUCGAAUUUCAAGAGAAAUGGCUAGGCGGCAGCUUUACUCAAGGUUCCUCAGAGGCAAGGUGUUCAUCCCUGAUGAAGAGCUGGAGAUUAAAGAGAGUGAAGAAGAAUGGAGUAAAAGUAUGGCGACCGAAGUGAAGGUCGUCGUUGAAGGAGGGGUUGCUGGUCCAAGUAAAGCCACAGAUAAAGCUGAGAAGAAAGACAAGAAGAGCAGGAGAAAGGAAAAGGAGGAGACUAAGGAGAAGAGGGAUGCAAGAAAGGCGGAAAAGAAAGCUAAGGCGGCGAAAGAAAUUAAAAAGAGUGAGAAGAAGGUUAAGGGAAAACAAAAAGAGGAGAAGGGUGAAGAGGUGAAGACAAAAAAGGAAAAAAAGGAACAGGAGAAGAAAGAAGAGGAUAAAGAACGUAACACUCAAGAAGCGAAUGAAGGGACAGAGAGAAAACACAAAAGAAAGUCGGUUGUCCAGAUAAUUGAUGGUGCGGAGAGAGAAAAAAAGAAGAGAAAAGGUCGGGAGAGUGACGACGAAACUGGCAAAUGGAAGAAAUGUAAAGGUUAGACAGUCUAGAUCCUAGAGCCAUAUAUUGUUUCACUGUACUACGACUGUAAUGUGUAAUAUGAUGUAUUGCAUAUCGCAUGAAACUCAAAGUGGC